AUGGCUGCCGCUGCUGCUAUGUUCGCAGCAUCGGCGUUGUUGCUACCGUUUGUGAUUUUGACAUGGAAUUCUGUGUCUGCUCAACUUGACUGCGAUAUCCUGGAUCCAGCAUGUCGAAUACGUUACCGGCAAAACGUUGAAGCAGUACGACCGACGUUGAACACACAAUCCCGGUGCAACUACCAAGAUAUUUGGCUGAUUCCUGGUCGUGCCGAUGCCUCUUGCACACGUCCAGGGGCAAAAAGACUAGUAGAAAUCGACCCGCAACAAGUAUUGAUACAUCCAGAAGUGGUCAAAUUACCUGGUUGUUUUACCGUUGAAAUUAAAAAUGUUCGAAUUUUGGACAAUAAAGAAGUUAUUGGCAACAGCUUUUUUGCAAAAGCAGAAUAUCAAUGGUGGAAUAUCAAAGACUUCGCAGAUUUAAAAUGUCAAAAUGCAAGCAACAAUGGUUGUGGAGGUUAUGGCAACAACUGCUAUUACUGCGAUAUAUGUGAAAGUCUUAAUGAACUGGAGACGUCGAGAUCACGUUCAACAUUAUCUGAUCAACUUCGUGGCAUCAACUGCCCGUCCCAUCCAGGUCUAUAUACUUUCAGGAAGGAAUUUUGCUUCAAUGAUUGGAGUGCCUUUGAUACCGACAACGAUUGUCAGUUCGAUUUUUUCCAAGGAGAUAAACUUUCUGAUUACCGAUCUGCUUUCGCAUCACUUCAACAAAUUGGUUAUGGUACUGUAGUAGCCAAGCUGAAAUUAGCAUAUAAUGCAUCAGCCUCAAUAAUGCAAAAAAAGCUGAAAAAAGAGGCACAAAUUGAAGAAAGUGUCAUGAAAGAACUAGAGGAAAGACGGCGAACGUGGGACGUCAACAACGGCCAGUUUGAUCGAUUCCGGCAGUGGUACAUCGGAUAUAGGAAGGACAUUUGGCAUAAGGAAGAUUAUCUACCCUGGUUGCUUUACGAGAACGAGAUUUCUUGUUUACGGUUAACGUUUGACGUAUGUGAGAGAAUACCACGACGUGCCUCAUUUGGUAGCCGUUUCACGUGCAACACCAAUUAG